AUGGCAAGAUUCCAGGUUGUGAAACUCGCUAGCGACGGAGCCCGAGUGCAGCCGAGUCACGGUGAAGCACGGACCAAAGACUGCGACAGCAUCCGAAGACGACGAGGACCCCUACGGUACAAGUUCUUGGUUCCUGGUGAAUCUUGGACAUCUUUGAUUUCGGACAUCCUUGACGGCUAUAUAAACGAAGGAGGAUACCCCCAUCGUCAACACGUCCACUCUUCCAAGUCACUCGCCUUCUCCUCCUCCUCCAAUCCGUCCCCUAAACCCACCAGACCUACCGCUCAGUCGCAAGGCCACACCACUAUGAAGUUCACCUCGACCGUCACCGCGCUCGCCGCACUCGUAUGCGCCGCCAGCGCUACCCCUCUGGUCAAGCGACUUCCCAUUGGCCCGGACCCGGCCUUCUCCGUCCCACAGUCUCAGCUCGCUUCCGUACUCGAAUGCCAGAACGGCUCUCCCUCUUCGCAGAGCAACCCAAUCCUGCUUGUUCCCGGUACCGGUGUUACCGGUCGUCAAUCCUUCGACUCAAACUGGAUCCCGCUCUCCAGUCAGCUCGGCUACUCGCCAUGCUGGAUCUCGCCCCCUCCUUUCAUGCUCAACGACUCGCAGGUCAACGCCGAGUACAUUGUCAACGCCGUCAACACGCUCUACGCUGGCUCGGGAUUCAAGAAGGUACCCGUCCUCACUUGGUCUCAGGGUGGCUUGGCUACUCAGUGGGCACUGACGUUCUUCCCAAGCAUUCGAAGCAAGGUCGAUCGUUUCAUGGCCUUCGCUCCUGACUACAAGGGCACUGUGGAGGCUGUCUUCCUCACCGUGCCGGGUCUGGCUAGUCAAUCUGUCUGGCAGCAGCAGGCGCAAUCCGCUUACCUCACCGCUCUCCAGAACGCUGGCGGUCUGACCAAGAUUGUCCCGACCACCAACCUCUACAGUGUCUUUGACGAUAUCGUUCAGCCGCAGGUCUCCAACUCGCCCCUCGACUCGAGCUACCUCUUUAACGCUAAGAACAUCCAGGCUCAAACGGUCUGCGGACCCGCCUUCCUUAUCGAUCACGCCGGAAGUCUCACGUCGCAGUUCUCGUACAUUGUUGGCAAGUCGGCUCUUGCUUCGGGUACCGGUGAAGCUCAGAGCAGCGACUAUAGCAUCACCGACUGCAACCCGCUCCCCGCCGACCCCCUCACUCCCCAGCAGAAAGCUGAGGCUAGCGGGCUCUUGCUCGUCGCCGGCGCCAACGUCGUUGCUGGUCCCAAGCAGAACUGCGAGCCUGAUCUCAAGCCCUACGCCAGGAGGUUCGCUAUUGGCAAGAAGACCUGCUCAGGUGUCAACACCGGCUUCUAA